AGGAACACCCUCCAUGUGUGAAAUGUAGCAGCCGUUAAGCUGAAGCUGAUGGCUUGACAUUACCAAGCAGCUCAUGUUGUGAGACGACAAAGGAGGCAGAUUUGUGUGGACGGAAGAGAAGAAAUCAUGUCUUCUCAAAGAACAAAGAAAAGAUUUGGUUCUCAUCGCAGGGUAGCCAACCAAAAUGAAACACCCAAGACUGAUGAGAUCCAUGCAACGGGCAACAGUAAUGUAGCACAGCACCACAUACCAGAAGAAAAUAUCGAGUCAUUGUGUGUACAGUCUAAUUCUGACAAUAUGCCGUCUCCAGAGCUCAGGGCAAAUAGAAGGAAACUCGGGUCAAGACGAAAAAAUAAAGGACAACAUGAAAGGGACUUGGCAGCUGAAUUAAGUGACAAAUCUAAAGAGGAAGUUGAAAACUCUCCGGUUAAUGAAGCCCUUGAAACGCAACUGGCAGUACAUUCUGAAAGGCAGGAAGAAUUAUGUGAAAGCCAUGAGCAUGAAAUGUCUGCGACCAGUGACAACUCUUUGUACUCGGCCGUUAUGUCUGCGUAUUGUGGCGUUCAAAACUACACAAACUGUCCAGAGGAUAUUCCUGAAAAUCAACAAGUAGAACAAGAUGAGGAUGAGCUGGAUUCAAAACUAAUGUCUUCUAGUAAUUUUGUGGAACCCAUGCGUGAGGGGGCCCAAGAUAAUGCACCUCUUAUUGGCAGCUCUGAAAGAGUGCUUUCAUCACAACCUGGUGUAUCCUGUGUGACAGAAAUAGAAGAAAAGAAAUGGAGUGAAGACGCAGACCUGUUACAACAGGAAGGAAAUCUAAAAAGCAAGGAGUCCCAUGAAGAGAUGACCACAGAUAAAAGUAAUACCACACAACAUAACAAACUCGUGUGGAGCACUGACCCCGCAGCAGCAGUUUCAUCAUCAAAAGACGAGCAAAAUGAGCAGUUCUCCCAAACUCAGCACAGUUCUGUCGGCACAGAGGAGCGUGAUGUCAACACAACAGUGAACAGAAGAAAACUUGGAUCCAGUCGCAAAAAUAAAAGGCAACAGCGCGUAGAGGAUUCUGUUGCUCGACCGUACCAUGAAACUAAAGUUGUUAAAAAUCUUCGUGGUUAUGGGGAUUCAGAAACAUCAAACAUGUCAUCACUAGAGACAGCGGUGCAGCUACAACCAGUGGACAUGAUGGAAGAAAUGGACAAACCUGACAAUCACCAAAAUGAAACACUCAUUGGUGAGGUCAAAGAAAUUACACAUACUGUUGGCAUCUCUGAUUUAUAUAAUCCAUCAUUACCGACUGUCAGUGCGUCUUCUGUAACUGAUGCAGGAAGUAAAGAAAGUGAUGAAAACCAGGACUUGUUCAGGCACUGGGGAGGUUCAGAGGCUGGCAACUUGGUGGCAUCUACAGAGAACUUCAACCCUGGACAAGAUACAGAAUAUGAGCAGAGUGUUGAGCAAACAGCAGAUUCUUCACCAAAACACGAGAUUUCUACAAAUAAGGAAGAUGAGCAGUUCUGCAUAUCUGAAGUCGGAAGAGCUCAGGAUGUAGACAAUGCUGUCAAGUUAAUGCACAAUGAGGAUGUUAAACCAGCAGCAACACAAGAAAUGUAUUUUGUUGAUUAUUCCUCUGAGAGUGUGAUACAUGAUGGAACUGAAGAUUCUGAAAUUUGUUCCAUAAGCCCGACCAACCUAACUGAAGUUGGUGACUCAUAUCAAUCUGAGUUGAGUGUGAAAAGUAACGGUGAUUGUGCCACUAAGCAGGGACUUUUGAGUCUUGAUGAGGAACAGGAUGAGUGUCUUACGCAAGACAACAAUGUGGUGGCUUCAGACCAGAAAAAUGAAGAUUCUGCUGUGUAUGAUCCUAGGAACACUCAAACCAGUGACAUACAAAGAAUAGACCCUGCGGUUGAAGGCUGGUUAGAGGAUGAUAUAAAAUCUGUUGUUGAACAAUCAAGUGAUCAUGAGGAGGAAGGACUCUCUGAACCAAUGGAGAACAAAACCCCACAAACUCUACAAUCAGAAACACAUUCACCUUUAGAAUCACAACCUCAUGAUAAUUCUGGGAUAACAGACAAGCAAUCAGAAAUGUCAUUAAUGAUGGAGACAGCAGUCCAGGAAAUGUCAGAGGAAACCAUGCUGGAAGGAAAUGACAGAUUUGACCCUGCUCACACUGAAGGAGUCAGUGAUCAAGCAAAAGAAAAUGCACAAGAAUUAACUAGUACAAGUGAACAUUCAGGUCCACCAGUAGACCAACAGACAACUGAACAAUCGAACUCAGAGCAGAUACCACAGGAACCCUCCAGUGUGUAUUCUGUAACAGACACAGAGAGCAAAGAAGGAGACGAGGACAAUGACUUGUUAAAGCAGUGGGGAAACUUACAGUCCAACAAUUUGGAGAAUGAGACACAUUUCAAAUCAGACGAUGUAGAGUCUUCAGUCACACCAGACAUAACAACAGAAGAAGGGAACCAUGAAGAACCUACAGAACCUGAAUGCAGAGUUGAGCAAGCAACAGAUCCAUCACCAAAAGAUGAGACGUCUACAAAGGACGAACAAAUUGAGCCGUACAGUGGAGCUCUGGACACAAAGGAUGCUGUAACAAAAGUACAAAAAGAGGACGUUAAAGAAACAGCGCUGCAUCAAGUUGACUGCUCUUCAGAUGAGGCCAGCAAAUAUUCACAAAGUCUGCAAUCAGAAAUAGAACCUUCUUUGGAUUUACAACCCAAUGACAGUUCUCAGAACAUCAAAGAAAAAAUACAUACAGGGUUUAAACCUGCAGGAAACAAAAGAAAACUGGGGUCAAGCCGAAGAUAUAAAGAAAGACAGCAUGUCCCAGAUUCUGUCACCGAGAGUGUGAUACAUGAUGGAACAGAAGAUUCUGUAAUCGGUUUUGUAAACCUGACCGACCAAACCGAAGUGAGUGACUCAUACCAGUCUGAGUCAAGUGCGAAAAGUAAAGCUACUUGUGCCAAUAAGCAAGAAGUUUCAAAUCCUGAAGAAAAACAAGACACGUUUCUUAAUGUGGACACUUUAGAUCAGAUUAAUGAGGAUUUGAAUGCGUAUGAUCUUCAGAAAACUCAAACCAGUGACAUAGAAGGAGUAGACCCGGCAGAGGAUGAUAUCAAGUCUACUGUUGAACAAUCAAGUGAAUACGAGGAGGAAGGAGUUCUCUCUGAACUGGUGGAGAACAAAACUCUACAAACCCUGCAAUCAGAAACACAUUCACCUUUAGAAUCACAACCUCAUGACUAUUCUGUGACAACAGACAAGCAAGACAACACUGAAAACAGUGAAGAACUGGGAUCUGUUCAUGUAAAUGAAGGAGAGCAGAAUGUCAGUAGCUCUGGUGCUGAAUCGGAAAUGUCAUUAACGAUGGAGACAGCAGUCCAGGAAAUGUCAGCGGAAACCAUGCUGGAAGGAAAGGACAGAUUUGACCCUGCUCACACUGAAGGAGUCAGUGAUCAAGCAAAAGAAAAUGCACAAGCGAGCGCCUCUGAAUUAACUAGUUCAAACUCAGAGCCGAUACCACAGGAACUUUCCAGUGUGUAUUCUGUAACAGACACAGAGAGCAAAGAAGGAGACGAGGACAAUGACUUGUUAAAGCAUUUGGGAAACUUACAGUCCAACAAUUUGGAGAAUGAGACACAUUUCAAAUCAGAGGAUGUAGAGUCUUCAAUCACACCAGACAUAACAACAGAAGAAGGGAACCAUGAAGAACCUACAGAACCUGAAUGCAGAGUUGAGCAAGCAACAGAUCCAUCACCAAAAGAUGAGACGUCUACAAAGGACGAACAAAGUGAGCCGUACAGUGGAGCUCUGGACACAAAGGAUGCUGUAACAAAAGUACAAAAAGAGGACGUUAAAGAAACAGCGCUGCAUCAAGUUGACUGCUCUUCAGAUGAGGCCAGCAAAUAUUCACAAAGCUCGCAUACAAGAAACAGAAGAAAACUAGGGUCAAGCCGAAGACAUAAAGAAAGGCAGCAUGUUCCUGUCACUGAAGCAUACUCUGAACUUAAAGAGGAAGUUGUAAAAGCUAUCCAGGGUGAUGAAGUUUCUGAAAAAGAAAAAAUGGCAUCAGUAACAGAGACGAUGAGGCAAGACAUAUUACAAGAGCAAAUUGGCCUAGAUUUCAACCCCACUGAGAAAAUGAGUGGAAGUAGAUCAACUAUAAAGGACAAGGAAAAUGCAGAACAGAUGCCACAGGAAGAUACAACUUUACAGCCACAGAAUGUGGAGAGCAGUGCAACUGUGUCAAAAGAAAGUGACGACAUCAAAUCAACAGAACAAGUCAAUGAGUUGGAAAAGAAACUCAUAACAGAACCUAAAGAUUUAUCCCCACCUACAGGUCAUGAUACAAUUAAAACAGACCUGAGAGAAUCUGCAGACGCCUCCGAUUUGAAACACUGUGAUGACACAGACGCAGACAAUACAGAAGCAGACCUUUCAGUGGGUGCACGAGGGCCUGAACAGGUGGAAGUGAGCGAGAUAUGUGCAGAUAAUACUUCAAAUAAAAAUGUCCCAUGUGCCUUAGUGGACACAGGUCAUGAGGAGACCUCAAGGCCAAAGCCAGCUGUGAAUAUGUCUGAGGAAAGUGAAACACCAGCUGCAAGUAACAGCCAACAGGGUGCACCAACAAAGCCUCCUGUACGUGGAAAUGUGCAAGGAACAAGAAGAAAGAUGGGCUCUACUCGCAAGUCUCAACUUAAUAGAAAACAAAUGUACGAUACAGAUGAAACAAAAGAAAACAACGUAGUACAAAGUGGUGAGAGAAACAAUGACAGCAUGGGGGGAGUGGAGGAGUCGUCAUUGAUAUUAACAAAAGAUGUCUCACAAAGGAGAAACACACACAGUAAUGUGACUGAAGAACAACAGAAAAUGAAUGAAAACAAUUCAGUGCACGCCGAAACGCCGAAACAACAAAGCUGUACCCUUGACCUGCAGGCUACAGAGUGCAACGUGAUACCAGGCACGGAUGAUUCAACAGUUCUCAGUCCUGAACAGGCUGCUUACCACACUGAGGAAGCUGUUCAUCCUGUUAGAUCUGUUCACGGAGCUGAUGAAAAAGACAAUGAAGAAAAAGUAGAAGCGUCUGUUGAAGUAACUCAGGGCCCAGGUUCAAUAGUCACAGAGGCACCUGCCGUUGCUUUGGCAGAUAUGGAAAAAAUGAAAAGUGUGGUCAGCAGAGAAGCUGGAGAGCAUCUUAAGAAUGACCACGUAAGUGUGCAAGAGCCGAACAGCGUGACUGACGGAGCUCAGAACACAAACUUUGAGAUGAUGAAUGCAAAUUUCAGUCCUGCAAACAGGAGGAGAAAGAUGGGCUCCACCCGCAGGAAUCUUGGGUCACGGUCUAGGGAGAAAGACCUAUAUCAAAAGCAGGAGGAGGAUAAUGAGGUAACUGCAACAAUACGUGCCGGAGAUGCUUCGACUGAAAGUGUCAUUGCAAAAGAGCCGCAGCUUCAUGAUGAAAACACACACAGUGACUCGGAGCAAAGGAAAGAAACGGUGGUUGAAACAGUAGAGUGCAGUCACACGUGUGAAUCUCAUGUGAAACCGCCAGCUCUCGAGAACAUCGAAGAAACCCCUGGUCCUCUCAGCCAGCCGGCAGGCAUGGAGCCCCGUCUAACUCCAGAACCACGCACCUCUCCUAAACAUGACGCCACGUCAGAAUCAGCAGCUGGAGGGAGAAGAAGAAAAAUGGGAUCUCACCGGAAGUCGCAUCCGCGUCAAAAUGCAAAAGACCAGAUUGUAGGAGAGGACAGACUGAUGGACACACAGCAAGAGGGAGACAUCACACCUCUGACGGACGAGAGGGACAAGCGCAGAGAAGAGUCUUUGGGCCUGGACAGAUUAUCAGAGGUGGAUAAACGUGACGAGAAACCGACGUCCAACAUCAGCAUCUCAGGAGCAGCAGAGCACUCGCAGAUUCUGAGUGAGAAGGCGCCGAAGAGGGUGACCCCAGUUCCCCGUCCUGACGCUGGAAUCCACCUGAAUCAAGAGAUUCAAAACAACUUUUCUUCGGGUGCUGCUUCCAGCAAAUCCAGAGUUUUCAACGUGUUGUUGGUUGGCGACAGCAGUGUCGGAAAAACGUCCUUUUUGAAAAGAGCCCAAAGUGGGAAGUUUUCUUCAGAUUUGCCACCCUCUGUUGGCAUCGAUUCCUGCAGGUGGACUGUGGUGGUGGAUGGAAAACCUGUGGCGCUUCAGUUGUGGGACACAGCAGGUCAAGAACGGUUUCGCAGUAUCACAAGACAGGUUUUUCAUAGAGCCCAGGCGUUUCUUCUCAUGUAUGACGUUACGUCUUCCCAGAGUUUCUCCGCUGUCAACUACUGGGCCAACUGUAUUCAGGAAGGGGCGGCAGAAAAUGUGACCAUUUUGCUCCUUGGGAAUAAGAGCGAUUGUGCAGAGCGACAGAUUCAACCCGAGGAGGGAGAAACUCUUUCUAAGGAAUACAACUUUGACUUCAUGGAGUGCAGCGCUGCCACGGGGGAAAAUGUGAUUCAGACUCUGGAAACUGUCGCCAGGAUGCUGAAACAGAACGCUGACACAAGAGAGGAAUCCAUGGUGUUACACAAAGAGCCCCCACACAAGAAAAGAUCAGGAUGUUGCUGAGCAGAGAAGUCUGUGGUGAAUGUGGUGAAACCCUUGCUCACAGGGGAUGAAACCUGAUUUAAAUCCAAUGCAGCAUACGUAAUAAUGUGCUUAAUACAUAUUUAUUGUUUCUGCCAAACCUCGACAAUUACAUUAUUGAUUUCAUGGACGAAAUAAGAAAAAGUGUGCAAUUCAUGUAUAUAAAAACACUUGUACAGGUGUUUGAAGCAAUUUCAACGAGAACUUUUAAACAUUUCAAAACAUUCUUUCAUUAUAAUUAUCUUGUUUGAUUAUAUAGAUUAUGUUAUAGUGUAUAGUUUAAGGUAUGUUUGUGCAAAUAAAGAGCUUUGAUUUAACAUUUUA